AUGAAGCUUUUCAACAAGAACAGAUCUACCAUACCUGCCAAUCUCCUCUCCGAUGCCUCCAUCGUUGUGGACGUUCGUGCUCGCAGUCGCAUCCUCCUCGCCAGCCCUCAGUGGAUCUCGCUCUUCGGCUUUAAGCUCGACUCAGACGUCGUCGGGCACAGCCUGAGCGACCUGCUCCCCGACCUGCCCGUGCUGCAUCGGCUGGUCAAGGAGGGCAGCAUGGGGUACGCGCGGGAGGGGUACGUGAGGCUGGGGCAGCAGGGGUCGUUCCGGGUAUCCUGCAGGCCGGUGGGGGGGGACAUGGAGGACGGGGACCCUGUGGGGUGCGUGCUUGGGUUUAGGAGGACGCGUGCGGAGGAGUUCGAGCGGGGGAUGCUGGAGACGCGGGAGGCAGUGGUACUGGUGGGGGCGGACGCGGGGCUGACGAUCCUGGGGUACAACCAGGAGGCGCUAAGAUGUGUUGGGCGAGAAGGGGAGCUGAAUGGGAGCGUGACGGAGCUGACGGAGGAAAAGGGUGACGGAGAGAGGCUGGCAGAGGUGUGCCGGAGGCGGCUGAGGGAGGAGGAGGGAGCGGAGGAGGCGACCUGGGAGACGGUGUGGGUAGGGAGGUCGAGGGUGAAGGUUUAUCCGGUGGCGCUAUACUCGGGGAGCCGGGGGAGGCUAUGCGGAGUGCUGCUGUACAUGCGAGAGGAUAAGGGGAUAUGCCGAAGGACGUCGAGCAUUGCCAACGUGUGCGAGGCGAAGUGGGAAUUUGGCUCUUCCACGGAUGUCGCAAAUGGGGCUGAUAAUUGCUGUGAUAAGCGUUCAUGCUGUGAUGUGCAGCGGGGUUCUGAACAGAACAGUUGCUGUGUUGAUUUCCAACUGCUCGACUACAGCAAGACAUCGCACACCGAAAACUGUUUGAAUGGAACCAUAGAUUCCCAGUUGAUUGGAUUUGCACAAAAUCUUACAAUUCUUUGCGUCAUGGCGUUGGUCCUUGUUUGGUUUUCCUUCUUUGCAAAGAUCGGUUCCGGAUCACUGGCCGUGGUUUUGUGA